AAUUUACUCUAGUUUUUACAUGUGACUGUGACAUGGUAUAAAGACGACCAUAUGUUCGAAAUUUCAAGAUGGUUUUCAAAUGUGGUCAUAUUUCAAGUGUGUGUGUGUGUGUGUUAAGAUUUCAAGACAACUGGGAACUCGGGAAAAAAAGGAGGUAAAAUCAUGAUGUCACUUAUCUUCAGGUCAGAGCUCUAGAAAGAUGCCUGUGUUUCCAAAUUGGGUUUCAAUUUGGAUGACAGAUUUUUCAUUCUGAGCUCGUUUUUUUACCUAGUUGUCUUGAACACAAUGGGGCUCUCAAGUGGCGCUGCGGUCUAACAUGUUGACCACACUGUUGCAAAACAAAUGUACACAUGCAUGUUAUUCAAUCAUUGCACCCACACUGCUCUUGAGCAUCUGUGUGGCCAGGCGCUAAAAUAUAAAUUGUUUUAGGAGCAUAUACCCACCUGCCAUCUCCUCAUUGGUUUUUAGAAGCAUAUGCCCACGUGGGUGAUUGAAAGAUACAUUUAGGUCCACACUCCGGUGGGUUGUAGUAAUGCUGUAAAGUUGGUUGCCAACCGCCAUAUAAUAAAAAAAAAGAAGCCUAUAUAGUUAGCUAAAUUGCCAUGAAUGGUUAAUGCUUUUUGACCUGUCUCCAAAUUAAUAUAAUUGGUUCAGAGUUUGUUUUGAUAUUUCAACCUGUGUGUCCUGAUCACUUCCAUUGUGGUUGAAAAACAACAACUUUGCACUACAGAGGCGUCACUACAGACCCUGGUUCGAUUCCAGGCUGUAUCACAACCGGCUGUGAUUAUGGUUUUGCCGGGGUAGGCCGUCAUUGUAAAUAAGAAUUUGUUCUUAACUGACUUGCCUAGUUAAAUAAAGGUUAAAUAAGAAAAUUCAGUCCGAAGUCUGAGAUUUAUAUAUCAGAUCACAUUUUAGUUAUCACAUGCUUCGUAAAGAACAGGUGUAGACUAACAGUGAAAUGCUUACUUCGGGGCCCUUCCCAACAAUGCAGACAGAAAGUAAAUAGAGAAAUAAUAGAAAACUAAAAAGUUUAAUACACAAUGAGUAACGAUAACUUGGCUGUACACAUGAAGUGCCAGUACCGAGUCGAUGUGCAGGGGUACGAGGUAAUUGAGGUAGAUAUGUACAUGUAACUAGGAAUAAAGUGACAAAUGAUAAACAAUAACAGCAGCGUAUGCUAUGAGUAAAAAAGGUUUGUGCACAAAGGGUCAAUGCAGAUAGUCCGGGUAACUAUUUAUCAGUCUUAUGUCUAGGGGGUAGAAGCUGUUCAGGGUCCUGUUGGUUCCAUACUUGCUGCAUCGGUACUGUUUGCUGUGCGGGAGCAGAGAUAAGUCUAUGACUUGGGUGGCUGGAGUCUUUGACUAUUUUUAGGCCCUUCCUUUGACACCACCUUGUAUAGAGAUCCUGAAUGUCAGGGAUCUCGGCCCCAGUGACGUACUGGGCCAUGCGCACUACCCUCUGUAGCGUCUUGCGGUCGGAUGCCAAGCAGUUGCCAAACCAAUUGGUGAUGCACCCAGUCAAGAUGCUCUCAAUGGUGCAGCUGUAGAACUUUUUGAGGGCAUUGUCGUGCCCUCUUCAUGACUGUUGGCGUGUGUGGACCAUGGUAGAUCCUUAGGGAUGUAGACAACGAGGAACUUGAAGAUCUCAACCCGCUCCACUACAGCCCUGUCAAUGUGAAUUAUUAUUAUUAUUAUACCUUUAUUUCACAAAGACCAGACUGAGACCAAGGUCUCUUUUACAGCUGGGCCCUGCGUAUACAUGUUUGCACAUACAGUUUAGAUACAAUCAUUAAGAAACUACACAAGACAAACAAACGAUCACAGAUAACACAAAAAAUACAGCAGCAGAUUGUUACAUUUACACAUUGAAUGGGGCGUGCACAGCCCUCCAUUUGUAGUCUACGAUCAGCUGCUUUGUUUUGCUGACGGUGAGGGAGAUGAUGUUGUCCUGGUCUCUGCCCUCCACCCUAUAGGCUGUCUCAUCGUUGUCAGUGAUCAGGACUACCACUGUCAUGUCGUCUACAAACUUAACAAUGGUGUUGGAGUCGUGCGCGAUCACUCAGUCAUGGGUGAACAGGGAGUACAGGAGGGGACUAAGCACACACCCCUGAGGGGCCCCUGUGUUGAGGGUCAACGUGGUGGAUGUGUUGUUGCCUACCCUCACCACCUGGGGGCAGUCCAUCAGGAAGUCCAGGAUCCAGUUGCAGAGGAAUGACUUCAGUCCCAGGGUCCUUAGCCUAGUAAUGAGCUUGGAGGACACAAUGGUGUUGAACUCUGAGCUGUAGUCAAUGAAAAACAUUCUCACAUAGGUGUUCCUCAUGUCUAGGUGGGAAAGGGCAGUGUGAAGUGCAUUUGAGAUUGCGUCAUCUGUGGAUCUGUUGGGGCGGUAUGCGAAUUAGUGGGUCCAAGGUGUCUGGGAUGAUGGUGUUGAUAUGAGCCAUGACCAGCCUUUCAAGGCAUUUCAUGGCUACAUAUGUGAGUGCUACGGGGUGAUAGUCAUUUAGACAGGUUACCUUGGUGUUCUUGGGCACAGGAACUAUAGUGGUCUACUUGAAACAUGUAGGUAUUAGACUGGGUCAGGGAGAGGGUGAAAUGUCAGUGAAGACACUUGCCAGCUAGCUGUUCAGCGCAUGUCCUCAGUACGCGGCCUGGUAAUCCAUCUGGCACUGCGGCUUUGUGAAUAUUACUUACUCACAUCGGCUAUGGAGAGCGUGAUCACACAGUCAUCAGGAACAGCUGGUGCCGUCAUGCAUGGUUCAGUGUUGCUUGCCUUGAAGGAUAAGUAUUGGCAAUCAGCUUUGCUACUUUGAUACAAAUCGCUGAGGACUUUGUUUUGUACAGUGCCCCUCGUCACCACAAAUUACUUCAAUGAUGGCAGUCUCCGUCUAAACUAUGUAGCGAACGACAGAACAGUGGAAGAAUUUAGUGCGUGUCAUUAGACUACUUGACAGACAGAAUAGCAACACCAGUAGAGCUACAACACCCCUCAUUCUGAAAUGACACCUUUUCAGAAAGGAUAUAGUCUAGUAUGCUCAGUCCCCUUUAUAUUCACACAACCAAUGACAGGUGCAUGAGUAUUUAUUAUGGUGUGUGAAACCCAGGCCCUGUCCAGACACAACCCUUAGCCCCUACUCUCAGAGAUUUGAGAUCUGAGAGGCAUUGAUAGGUGGUGACCUGGUGAUAGCUGCACCCUCUAACAGACUUGGUAUACUUUUUUGCCAUAUUGCUUACACCUGUUCAAUCCUCUCAGAUCUCCACAAGUGCUGAGGAUGUAUGAGCUAGUGGUUGUUUCUGGACAAACCCCACAACCCUGUGGGUUUGUGGUGGACGUUCAGCACAUCACUUGAGGCAUUGGUUGGGUGUUUCAUUCCAUUGCUGGACACACCCUAUCAGGCCAAUCACCCUAACCAGGCAGUUCUGGUUCUUCCUCAGAGUAUGGUUGUGAAAAGUUGGAGAUCUGCUGUAAACAGUGCAAGGAUAUUUACAUGUCUACUAUUCACACACUUGCUUCGUUCCAGAUAAUUAGAUGUGGAACCGUUGACUGACUAUGGCUAGGGCCAUAUCUCUAGUUUAGCAAUAUAUAUACUGUUUUAUUGGCUGUAUGCCAUCAUUGAAGGAGAUUACCAAUGGUUAACCUGGUAGCUAUGAUAUAUCAGUUAGCUAACUAUUUACACUAACAGCGGUUCAUUAACACUCUCAUCAUUGUGGCUAGCUUAUCCUUUUCGAUCUAAUUUUAUAAUCUUAGAAGUAGAAAUUGAGAAAUAUAAUUAACAUAUGAAUGAUUGGCUACUAAUAGAUGAAUAGAAUGGGUGUUUGAAGGGUGAACAUACAUUUUGAAGCGACAGGAAGUGUUGGCUGUGCAUUUGGCCAAUAACAGGCAUUCCACAUUUAAAAAAUCUAAAUAUCAAGUCGUUUGUGUUUUAUAUGCAAACACAAGAACUGGAAGUUUUUUUUGUUUUCUGGUACCCGAUGGAUGGCUCAGUUUUAACUCAGAAAAUGAAUUAUCUGCAGGAACACGGGUCCGUGUACCUUUUUGCCAAUUAAUAUUUCUUAUUAGAUGAUAAGAUAAAAAACGCGUAAAGGGUCCUUCCUCCUUUAUUUGAUUUGAAUCGGAAAUCAAACAGGACGAACGGUUUUGUUUUUAUUGUCUAAAGGAAAUAUUAAAUGAUGAGAAAUUGAAAAAUUAUUUGAUUAUUCAAAUGUUGUCUUUUUAAUUAUCGGUUCUGGUUCGACCCAUGCACUAUGUUUUGGCCAGUUAAUAGUCGUGGCUUCCUGACAACACAGAAUGGGUUUCUUUAUGUUUUUAAGACAAAUUUCUUAUUCCAAUGAUUUGAUGAUUGACAGUUAAUGUAGUCGGUCAUGUGACCAGUCCUAAGUCCAAAUUGGCCUGGGUCAGUGAGACAGUCACUUCCACAACUUUUAAAAGUUUAACGACUAACCUGUAUCCUACAUAACCUACAGCUCACAUAAUUGUGGAUAAGAUUUAAUUAAAAAAUGUUUUGUGUAAAUGGGUAUGAUCAUACGAUGAUAAAUGUUUCAUUUGGGUGUAUAGGAUGGGUGUAUAGGAUAAUGUAUAGGAUCUAAUAUAAUAUUUGACAUGUGUAUUUGUAACACUUUGUCAAGAUUCGUUUUGUCCCAAGCUGAAUCUUUUCCGGUACAAAUUGGAAACGCCUGGAACACUAAACACCAAGCCUGUCACGACUUCCGCCGAAGUAGGUCCCUCUCCUUGUUCGGGCGGCGUUCGGCGGUCGGCGGUCUUUUAGCCAUCGCCGAUCCACUUUUCAUUUUGUUUUGUCUUUGUUUUAUACACACCUGUUUUCUAUUCACCAAUUACAUGUUCAUUAUUUAACCCUCUGUUUCCCACAUGUUAGUGUGCGUGUUUAUUGAUUGUUAAUGGCGGUACUUGUCGGCUGGUUAUGUUUGACGGGUUAUGUAUUUUACGCCCGUUAUUUUCGAGUGACCGUUAUUUCUCAGCACUUUGAGUAUUGUCUGUAUACUGGUGCUGUCGUGGAAUUAAAUACCUUGUACACUCAUUUCUGCUCUCCUGCACCUGAUUCACUGCACUAGUUAACCACCGCCUGACAAAGCCUUUGUCAGACAUCAGCGGAACAAGAGUAAUACAGCAUAUGGCUGCUAUUCAGCAGAUUGUUGCUCUCCAACAUAACCGGCAGCACAGUUGGUUGGUGUGUAUAAAUGUGCACAUUCUCAACAACCUGAGCCAGUUGCAGACUGAAAAUAAUGGAGCAGAAAUACAGCGUCCCUCGAGAGGAGAUCCUCAGACGGCUGGACUUUGUCUCCCUCAAUCAGCCGACCAAGUUUGCGCUGACUGCCGAGGUGCAGUUUCUAACAGCCUUGUGCUUUUAUGCAGUGGGGAGUUUUCUUCAUGUGGUUUGGGAUGGACACAUCCCAGAAAUGUGUGCGGUAGAGGGUUAGUCUAUAUAUUCAACAAUCUCAGUCAAUUUGUGCAAAUAUGUACAAAAAGUAUUUCAGCAGAUUUCGUGCGUUUUAUGUGUGGCUUAAUUCGUGUGAAAAUACAAUCAACUUAAUUUGUAGGAAACUACCAAAAAAUAUAGUAGUUUAGUAUACAGUAAUCCCUCGUUUAUCGCGGGGGUUACGUUCCGAAAAUGACCCGCGAUAAGUGAAAUCCGCGAAAUAGAAAACUUUUUUUUUUUUUUUACAAUUAGCAACUAUUACAUGUAUACAAAUACAGUGACUCACGUGUAGGCCGUUUCACUGCUCUUCAGAGCGUUUCGUCGACAUUAUGGGUUUAGGAGAUGUUCGAAAUUACAAGAUAAUUUGGCCAACUUAAUGUAAAUUUGCCAAGCUGUUUUAUGUACGUACACAUAACUGCACGAGACGACAAAAUGAUAGCACAAUUCGUAGCAUGUUUUGAUACAAGAAGCGGGAGUGAGUUUUUAGCGAAUCAGAAUGCAGAGCACAAUGCACCAAAAAAAAAAUGCAUUCUGAAAAUCCGCGAAAUAGCGAAUCCGCGAUAAGUGAACCGCGAAGUGGCGAGGGAUCACUGUAGUAGUAUUAGGGGGGGGCAAACUUCGGAACGAUGUUUCUUUUGAAAGUUAUUUCAGCUUUGCACGAUGGGCAAUGAUGUUCUACACUUCCUUUUUGUGUACCACAUUUAUUUCUAUAUUUUUUAAAAACUAACGUGUUAAUAAGAACCCAAUAUUUUUAAUCAACCAGGUUGUCACCGAAAUAAUAAUAAUAGUGACCUUGUGUUUUUUUAAAUUAAUGCCGAUACUGUUUUCUAUGCUUGUUUUCACUUAAUACUUUGGAUACAGGUGCACUUGUAGUCAGAAAUACCUUUUUUCCCCGUGUAGGCAACAGUAGGCCUACGCAAUUUUCUUCAUAACCGAUUUCAUAUUUUGCAUAUUCAUAUUUUUCAUAAAUGCAUAAUGCAUUUAAUUAUAGUCUCUUUUUUUGUGUACAUUACACCAUUUCUUUCAUAAUGCAUUUUAUACAAGGCUAUGUCGAAUUUUAUUAUGGUUGACAGAUUGGAGAAAAAAUGCCCAACUUUAUUUAUUUUAUUGUGUGGUAUUGAUGAAGGUAUUUGAUUGGGGAAUGUGGAUAUAUUUCUAUGAUGGAAAAUUAUAAUACACCAUAAUACAUGCACACAAACACUUACACACAUAUAGACACACAUACUUUGUUUUUACUCAUGUUAUAGCCUACUUUAUGAAUCAUUUUUAAAUAAAAUAUUUGUAUCUAGUUGUCAUGUAUUCAUUGUAGUUUACAUGUUUCAGUAAUAAAUAACAUGGUUAAUAGUCCUUAGCUUUUGGUAUAUUUGGCAUGUUUAUACAUAUUCUGUAUUUCCACUGAAGAAAGCAGUAAUUAAUCAACACACUACUGUAAAUAAUGGACAGUACCUGGUAUAAAAUGGAAAUUGCUCUCUGUUAAUAAAUGGUGAGAAAUGCUCAGUCUGAAGCCAUUCGGCUAUGGGUUUCACAGUCCUAUAAUAAUGAUACGCGUUAUAUCACCGUAAAAAUAGUUUAUUUACAACUUCUGAAUAACUGAUCAGGGCAUUGCACAUUCAGGCAACUUUGAUGUAAGGCUUGAUCACACCCGUAGUGAAGACUUCUAUCCAUCACGCCCAUUGUUGCUUAUCCAUUGUUCACUAGAUAUAUCAAUGUAAUUACAGAAUGCUUCCCACCACUAGAUCACAUAACUAGACGUGAGCUGGACGUGAUCCCAACGCUGCCACCAAUGUUGCGAAAGAGAGUGAAAGCUGCGACAGGGACUCUGACCAGGGCUCAUGCGUGGCAAAGUCUUCUGUUUCCCAACAUUUAUUGAUGAAUUGAUUUCCCAUUAUGAAAAUGGAUCCCCAUUCCCUAAUUAAGUACCUUUUUAUCGAUACCACAAAAAUAAACAGACAAAUCCAACUUUUUACGCCAUUGGCAACCCUCAUAAAAUCCGACAUAGCACCAGUAUGACCAUUUCAAAAACGUUGGCAAAAGAUUAGAGACACAAAGUGCAACACUUUUAUAAGCCAGUCAUAUUAGUUUACAAAUGGAGAUGAAAAUAAAAUAUUACACAUUGAACAGCUUUAAUGUGUUCAUGCUGACCCCAUUGUCAAACCCUCACUAUAAUGUUAAGUCUCCAAGUGGAUCAGAGUGACCUCUCCAUUGCAGGCUACCAAGUCAUUGUUUGCUUUGUUUUAGUUGAGCUUUUCUUUCAACUCCCUCUUGGUCUCUCAGAGUGAUGGAGGGAGAGGACCCAGAAGGAAAUCCCAGCACUGCCUCGUCUCACUCACUUCCUCCCCAAGCAGAGGCGGUAAGCCCAGCGGAUGAGGAUGAUUGUAUCACAACAGGGAGGAACUCUGAAGAGACCGCUACACACACAAACAGCAUGGGCCAGCCGAGUCAGGACCACCAGAGUGAAGGUGUCCCAGCUAAGACUGCUGCCACAGACAACAACCAGAGUCAGUCUGCCACCACCAUGGACAACCAAGCCCAGCAACAACCCACAGAAUGCCUGUCUAACACUAAACUAUGUGGGUAUCUCCUUAAACAAGGAGGUCCCCUGAAGUCGUGGAAGUCGCGCUGGUUCACGUACGAGGAGAAGAAGAGCCAGUUGUUUUACUACAGGACGGCGCAGGAUGUGACCGCUUUGGGGAGGAUUGAGCUGUGCAGAGCCACGUUCGGUUACCCCCUCCACGGAGAGCAGGGCACCUUUCACAUCCAGACCCCUGAACGGACCUUCAUCCUCAAGGCAGAUAACCAGGAGGCCAUGAUGUACUGGCUACAACAGCUGCAGCUGAAGAGAUGGCAGCACCGAGACCAGCUGACAGGAGAAUCCACACGUCACUGUACUGACCACCAGAGACCAGAGGGACAGGGGGAACUACCCACCAGCUGCCCAGAUGACUUCCUGCCCACCAUGAAGACCCCGCCAGGCCUCUUGGGCGAGGAGGCUGCCAAUCUGCCUGCACCGCAACAACGGGCCCCCCUAAGCAACUUCUCCCUCAAACAUCCUCUGAUAGAGAUUCAGAACUCGGUGCACAGUCUUUUUUACAAGCGGUCCUCCCAGGAACUAAGUCGUAGUGUGUUCCAUUUGGAGGCGCCUCCUCCCUGGACCCCACUGAACCCAUCAAAGACCCCCUACCAGACAGCCCAGGACAGGCUUGACCCUAGGACUCCCGUUGACCCCCCGACUCCUACCACCCCGCUGCUGUUGACAGACCCUGCGGGUGAGCGCUCCCCUGGGGGGGGCAGGUUGUUCCCAUGCCCAUCCCCGAGGAUCAGGAGGAAGACGAGGGGCAGCUCUGCCACCAUGCCCGCUGCGCUACGGGAAGCUGCUUCAGACAAGACAACCCGCCUUCAGCAGGAGAAACACAUGCUGGCUGAGGAGGUCAAGGCCCAGAAGGAGCUGGUGUGGCUUCUCCACAAGGCCCUGGAGGCGGCUCAGCUGGAGAAGCGGACCUGCACCGAGUUCCUGGCAGCCGAGUGUGAGCAGGAGCGUCUGGAGCUAUUGAGGCACCGCGAACGCCAAGCCGCUGACCUGCAGGGUCGUCUGGAGGAGCUGAAGGCCGAGGCGGAGGGUCUGAGGGCGAGCUUGGCCCAAAGGGACGCCCACGUGGCCGAGCUGCAGGAAAACGUCACACUGAUGAUGGCGAAGAACCACUCCAAACAGGAGGUGAUCCUGAAGCUGUCAGAGCAGGUGGCAGCCUGCAUGACCGACCCUAGACGCACCGUGUCCACCACUAAUGGCCUGGAGGCCCUGACCUUCCACCAGCUGCAGGAGGACACUGAGAACCUCAAGGAUGACAUUGAGGCCUACAAGAUCCAGAACAAGUUCCUGAACUCUGAGAUCUACCAGCUGACCAAGCUAUGGCGCAACAGUUCAGAGCAGGAGAAAAGCCUUAUGGUAAAGUGUGCCUACCUGGAAGCCCGUAACUGUCAGAUAGAGAGUCGUUACCUGGGUGUACUGAGGAAGCUGCAGGAGAGCAAGGAUCUAGAACCGGGCCAGCGGGAGGCUGUGAGGAACCUCAUAGAGGACGCACUGAAAGGAGACCUGAACGACGUCCUUGAACUCAACCCUGUCAGGGAGCAUGACGAGUAUGGCUUCAAGAUCAUCCCGGACUAUGAGGUGGAGGAGAUGAAGCUGCUGGCCAAGAUCCAGGCCCUGGAGAUCCGCUCCCACAACCUGCUAAGGCAGGAGGCCGGGGUCAGACCCCUGUUGGACCGCUGGGCUCAGUACUUGGGCGGCCGCCCGGCCGACGACCUCUGCCCCUCCCCGGAGCUCAAAUUCCUGCUGCGGUGUGGCGUGCCACGGGAGUACCGCCCACGGGUGUGGCGCUGGGUGGUGAGGGCACGCACACGCUCGCUGAGGGAGCGUCACCCGGAUCGCUAUGAGCAGCUGUGCCAGAAGAGCCUUACGUCACCCCAUCAAGCCUCCAGACAGAUCCAGUUGGACCUACACCGCACGCUCACCACCAAUCAGCGCUUUUCCUCACCCUCCAGCCCCACUCUGCAGCAGCUCCAACGAAUUCUGCUAGCUUUCUCCUGGCAAAACCCCACCAUUGGCUACUGCCAGGGCCUCAACAGGCUGGCAGCCAUAGCUCUCCUGGUGCUGGAGAGUGAGGAGGAUGCCUUCUGGUGUCUAGUAGCUGUGGUGGAGACCAUCAUGCCUCAGGACUACUACACCAAAACACUCAUAGCCUCGCAGGUGGACCAGCGCGUGCUGAAGGACUUCAUGGCGGAGAAAAUGCCCCGACUGACAGCCCACUUUGAGGAGCAUAGUGUGGACGUGUCCCUCAUCACCUUCAGCUGGUUCCUGGUGGUGUUCGUUGAGAGCCUGCCCAGCGACAUCCUCCUGCGGGUGUGGGACGCCUUCCUCUACGAGGGAACCAAGGUGAUAUUUAGGUAUGCCCUGGCUCUGUUCAAGUACAAAGAGGAGGACAUCUUGAACAUCCAUGACAACGUGGAGAUCUACCAAUACCUGCGCUUCUUCACCAAGACCAUCUCUGACGGCAGGAAACUGACCAACAUAGCCUUCAGCGACAUGAACCCGUUCCCCAUGAAGCUGUUGAAGAACCGGCGUGUGCUGCAUCUGGAGCGCCUGCAGGGGGAGCUCAGAGAGCUGGAGGCCCAGCAGAGGGAGUUUGUCACAGAGAGCGCAGAGCGUAAGGACAAGGACCUGGACACUAUACUAGUCAGCGAGGAUGAUGAGGACCUGUAGAGACUCUGGACAGAGGGAUGGAUCCUGUUGAACAAUGGCUCGGAGUUCUAGACUAUACAGCCAUCUGAUUAAGAAUAGCCUGGCUGGUACAGAUAUGACCCACCCAAAGCUCUGGUCCAAGAUACAGUAAAAAAUGUAUGUUAUUUUACUUGUAAAUUAGUACCAGGGUUAUGGUCAAGAACACUAUCUGACCAACAUAAUUAUCUCUAGAUCGUCUAAUAUAAUAUAGUGUACAUGCACUGCCAUAGGAAUUACUGCAAAAUACACAAUGUACACAUUUG